CUUGUGUUUGCUCCAGCUCCCUAGAAAGAUCCUCUACGGAUGCAUUUUACCUGUCGAUAAGCUAUCCAUAUAUAAAUCGUUCUCAAUCCUAGGGAGAUCAUUUAGCAAGCCAAGCUUUUACGAUCCGCUUAGCUCCUUGACUAGCGAAGAUGCAAGGAAUCGCGACUUGUUUAUAAACCAUAAUUGUUAGUUUCAUUUUCACUUUCGUUUUUACCACAUUUUUGUCACAGUUUUAAUUGUAAAUAUCAUUUCUAUGCUACUAAAUGUCUGAAAUCGUAAUUGUAUUUUUACUUAAAAUUCACUUGCUACCAGAGUUCAAUACCAGAAUCGUAUUCGACAGAGUUUGAGAACUAGCAAGUGUUUAAUAAAAUCAGUGUUAGAUUUAAAGAUGAUAAUUUGGGAAGAUCACAUUCAUCCAAUCCAGCAACUCCUUAGGAAUCUUACCAACAAAUUUUUCAACAGGCAGCAGAAUUCACACAGAGAGGAAAACUUAAUAAAGCCAUGAUGGAUCAUCAUGCUAACACAGAACAAGAACAGAAGAAAGAACCAAAGAGACUGGAGAAAGAACAUAUGAGAAGACUUAUGGCCGAAGAUGAAGAAGGUUAUAGGAAGUUGAUUGACCAGAAGAAAGACGAGCGUCUUGCCUAUCUGCUGGCUCAGACAGACGAGUGGAUUUCUAAUUUGAUGACACUGGUGGCUCAGCACAAAGAGGAUUUGAAGAAGAAGAAACAGAAAAGGCGUCGAAAGAAGAGGGACGACAAGACAGAGGAUGGGGAUUCUAAUAUGAGUGAGUUGAGAGUGUCUGUUAUUGACACCACCACAGGAAAAGUGCUCACUGGUGAUGAUGCCCCAUUGUCAAGUCAGCUAGAAGCCUGGUUGGAACUUAAUCCAGGGUAUGAGGUUGCACCUCGUGAUGAUGGAGAGGAAUCUGGAUCAGGAGAUGAGGAGGAGGAAGAGCUCAAGAGCCCUGAUGAUAUUGAUGAAAAUCUAGCCCAAGAAGUCAUACACCAAGCCUCUCGUGAAGUGGAUGACGAGUACCACCGCAGUGCAAAGGCAGAGGAAAAGAGCUACUAUGGAGUGGCUCACACUGUCCAUGAACCAGUCUCAGAACAAGCAACCAUCAUGGUCAAUGGCAAACUGAAAGAAUAUCAGAUUAAAGGACUGGAAUGGUUGGUUUCUUUGUAUAACAACCAUUUGAAUGGAAUAUUGGCUGAUGAAAUGGGUCUUGGAAAGACCAUUCAGACAAUUGGUCUGAUUACCUAUCUUAUGGAAAAGAAAAAAGUCAAUGGACCUUUCCUGAUCAUUGUGCCAUUAUCAACAUUAUUAAAUUGGGUGUUGGAGUUCGAGAAAUGGGCUCCUUCGGUGAUUAAGAUUGCUUACAAAGGAUCUCCUACAACCAGACGCUUAUUGUCACCACAACUGAAAGCUGCAAAGUUUAAUGUGCUAUUGACAACAUAUGAAUAUAUAAUCAAAGACAAGGCUGCUUUGUCUAAGUUGAGAUGGAGAUACAUGAUCAUUGAUGAGGGACAUCGUAUGAAGAAUCAUCACUGCAAGCUGACUCAGGUGUUAAACACCCAUUACUGUGCUCCCCACCGUCUCCUCCUGACCGGGACACCUCUUCAGAACAAACUUCCAGAAUUGUGGGCCUUGUUGAAUUUUCUGCUGCCAAGCAUUUUCAAGUCCUGUUCCACAUUUGAGCAAUGGUUCAAUGCACCAUUUGCCAUGACUGGUGAAAAGGUAGAGCUGAAUCAGGAAGAAACCCUGCUGAUUAUUAGGCGUUUACACAAGGUUCUGAGACCUUUCUUGCUCCGUCGUCUGAAGAAAGAGGUUGAGUCACAGCUUCCUGACAAGAUUGAGUAUGUCAUCAAAUGUGAGAUGUCUUGUCUCCAGCGGUGUGUUUACAGACACAUGCAGGCAAAGGGAAUUCUUCUAACUGAUGGAUCAGAAAAAGAUAAGAAGGGUCGUGGUGGAUCUAAAGCUAUGAUGAACACUAUCAUGCAGUUGAGGAAGAUUUGUAAUCAUCCGUUCAUUUUCCCACAUUUGAAAGAAGCCAUUGCAGAACAUCAGGGAGGCACAGGUGCCUCUAUUAGUGGACCAGAUUUGUAUCGAACGUCUGGAAAGCUCGAGUUCUUGGACCGUGUUCUGCCAAAACUGAAGUCUCUAAAUCACCGAGUCCUGCUCUUAACUCCGAUGGUAUCACUGAUGAGUAUCUUGGAGGAUUACUUCCUGUACAGAGGAUAUAGAUACCUGCGUUUGGAUGGAACCACAAAGUAUGAGGAUCGUGGACAGCUGUUGGAACUGUUUAAUAAGAAGGACUCCCCCUACUUUUUGUUUUUAAUGAGUACCAGGGCUGUAAGCUUACGUUUGAAUCUCCAGGCUCCAGACACUGUCAUAAUUUAUGAAUCUGACUGGGAUCCCAAUUGGGAUCUGCAAGCUUGUUACAGAGCUCAAAGAACUGAACAGAAAAAUGAAGUCCGAGUGCUACGUCUGAUGACAGUGAACUCGGUGGAGGAAAAGAUCCAGGCUAAUACUGCUCACUUCAAUCUAAACAGGGAUAAAAUGUUCAGGAGCGAACGUCGGCAGCUCCUACAGUCCAUUCUAGAACAGGAAAAAGAAGAAGUGGGGGAAGAAGAUGAGGUUCCUGAUGAUGAAACGAUCAAUCAGAUGUUAGCUAGAACUGAGGAUGAGUUUGAUAUCUAUCAGAAAAUGGACAUUGAGAGAAGAGAGGAGGCCAGAAAUCCAAAUCGGAAGCCCCAUCUGAUGGAGGAAGAUGAGCUCCCAACUUGGAUUUUGAAGGAUGAGAAAGAGGCCAUUGAAGAAGGUAAUUUGUACAAGGUAGAACAAGUGAAACAGAAAACUAAGAAACCUAGAAAGAGGAAGGCUGAAAAGGAAGAGGAAACAAAGCCAAAGAAGAGGCGAGGUUGUCCUCCAGUGGAGAAAUUACCUCCCAACCCACGCAAACUGACUUCUGUAAUGAAAAAAGUACUGGAUGUUGUAUUGAACUACAAAGAUAGAGAUGACCGAGUUUUAAGUGAAGCGUUUUUCCAGUUGCCAUCAAAGAAAGACUUGCCAGAGUACUAUGAGAUCAUUGCAAAGCCUGUGGAUUUCAAGGAAAUUAAGCAAAGAAUAAGAGAUCAUAGGUACCUUAGUUUAGAUGAUCUGGAGACUGAUGUUAUGCUUCUUUGUGAGAAUGCACAAUCCUACAACAUUGAGGGUUCUCUGAUUUAUGAAGACUCCAUAGUUUUGAAGUCAGUGUUUACAAGUGCAAGAGAAAGAUUAGAAAAAGAGGGAGUGUCCUACUCAGAUGAGAACAGCAGUAGUAACGAGGAGGAUGAAGGCGAGGAGGAUGAAGGGAAGGGAGAAGAGGAGGAAGAGGAAGAGGAUGAGGAGGAAGGACAUUCUUCAAGCAAGAAGCACAAAAGAGAUAAAUCUAAAAAGAAAAAAGAAAAAUCAGAUUCCAAAAAGAGAAAGUCUCGUUCCAAAGCAAAGCCAGUUAUCAGUGAUGAAGACGAGGAAACAGAUGAGGACUACGAGUAAUUAGCUAGAGAAUGGCUAUCAACAUGAAGAUAAAGAACGGCCAGGUGCUUUGUGAUACUGAAUUGAUUGGACUACAAACAUUUCUUCAUAAAAAAUUAUAUUUCAUGUAAAGUGUGUUUAGUUAUAUCAAAUGUCAUGUGUGUAGAGACAUAUUUUGUUGAAACAGUGCAAUGAUUUUGUAAAUAAAGUGUAGUAGUAAUUGUU